AUGAGUACCAAGAGGCGUGGGGCGGCUGCUGCUUCACCAGACGUGAGGCUCCGCGGCCAGAAGCGCCGGAAGGUGUCUGAAGAAAGCCCCGUGGACCCCGAGGAAUCCGACCAAGCACCAUCCCAGGAGGACUCCGAACCCGCAGAAGAGGCCGAAGCAGAGGAGGUUUCCGUUGCCCAGGAUGACGACGAGGAGUCCGAGGCAGACUUCGAGGGCGAUACCAUUCAGGCUGCACAAGAUAAGAUCAUGACCGAACUGACUCGGUUGAAGGAUGACGAUGGCGAAGAUGUCGCGUAUCCUUUCAUUGGAAAGCCCGAUCGCAACCUUUACCGCGACUACUAUGAGAUCAUUCAGCACCCUGUAUCGCUACGAACGAUCCAAAAGCAGGUCCGCGGUACCGAUAGUCGCAAGAAUCCAUCCAGGACGACCGCAUUUCCCACAUGGAAAUCCUUCGAAGAGGAAGUCGCCUACAUCUGGCGCAAUGCGAGGGAAUACAACGAGGACGGUAGCGACAUCUCGAUGCUUGCGGGAAUUCUAGAGGAGCAUUUCAAGCGACGGGUAGCAGAAGCCAAGAAGCAUGUCCCGGACACUCAGGUAGAUGGUCACCCCGAAAUGCCUCGCAUCAAAUUGAAAAUGGGCGCGAAGGAUGUGGAACCCAGGUCACAAAGGUUAACCUUGAAGAUGGCUGGGCAGACCUCCGAGACACCUUCCAAGGAUGAGGGAGCACCAUCCGGCGUCACUGUUGAUAAAGAAUCCUUGAAACGACAACAAGAGCUCGUUCGAACCGGAUCGGCAAGCCAAGAGGCCGACACACAUCGCAUGUCCCCGCGAAACAGAUCCCUGCGAAGACAUCUGGUCAGCCCCAGCAGGUCUAGUGCUACUACCCCGUCUAUAUCAGAACAGCCACACAAUGAGCCUGCGGGUGCCAGAGAUCCGACCGGUGUGAUCAAGAGCGAAACUUCGGGGCCGAUGUCCCAGCAUCCCGAAACAACGCGACCUCCAAAUGGCCUACACGGUGUUUCUUCAGAGCCCCAUGAGAUACCCGCCCCGCAACCAGUCACUGCAUCUCCAUUGGAUUCGCUUUUGAGGCGACCAGGUCAGGAUGCCACCUCGGCGCUGAUCCGAAAUGUACAAAUCGCCACUCAUCCUUCUCUUUCUUUACAACAUGGCUUGAGCUUGGACAUUCCACCAUCUGCCACGCUUUCUCAACAGUCAAUUACGAUCAACCUCCCUGCGUCGCAUAACCUGCUGACCAUCAGGCCGACAGUAGUCCCUGGGACAGCACAGAGGCAUGUGAAGAUGGUUGCCCUUGUAGGAAUGCAACGGCUUCACCCAUCGGUAAGCGAUGCCUCUGGACUGGCGUAUGAUAUCCCACUUCACCCUGGGACUACUAAGAUUGAUCUGGAGGCCAUUGCUGGCCCAGCAAGGGGAGUUCCCAGGACUGGACCCCCUGGCUCGGAGAUUGAUUAUGAGCGGGUCACUAUUUUCUUGAACUUGCUGCGGUGA